AACGUGAACAAACUGGUGGCGAGGAAUCCCCUUUUGGGCUUUGGAGCGCUUCGUCCCGGGAACGAUCCGUAGCCGUAAUCUUCUUCCUCCUUAGGUUCGCCCAUCGUGAGAAAUGUCGCUGACAACCUUCAAACGAGAGCAUUUGUUGCUGCUGCAAGUUAGCAACCGCUAGCUACCGAGAGGUCAUCGCUGGUUGCUUGGUCACGUGACACAGCUCGACGGUGAGGCCAUGUCUUCUGGAAACAAAGCAUUUGAGCUACAGCUUCAGAUGCGACAGAAUGCGGAGGAUCUGCACAGUUUCAUGAAGGACCUGGAGAGUUGGGAGACGGACAUGAAGACUAAAGAUGAGCAGUUGAGGAGCGGGAGAGACGGGGAAGCUCAGAGGAAGCUUCCACCUGUGAGAAACAAGGACUACAAAUCAAAGAUGAAAGCAAAGAAGAAGAAGAAAGUAGUCACAGAAGAUGGAGACACAAAGGAGGAGAGAGAAUCUUUACGGAUCAAAUCGGGCGAUUACAGAUCGUGGGAAAAGUUUGACGUGGACAAGGCUCUGGCAGAGCUGGACAAAGAAGAAAGUCCGGCAGAGUCAAAUGAGUCAGACUCAGAAGUGGCAGAUCAGGACACGGCACUGGCUGAGAAGGAAAAAGGUAACAGGUUCUUCAAGGAAGGGAAAUAUGACGAGGCCAUCGAGUGCUACACCCGAGGAAUGGACGCUGACCCCUAUAGCCCUGUUCUUCCCACAAACAGAGCCACAGCCUUCUACAGACUCAAAAAAUUUGCAGUGGCUGAGUCAGACUGCAACCUGGCCAUCGCUCUGGACAGCAACUACUACAAAGCGUUCGCACGCAGAGGAGCCGCUAGACUUGCCCAGAAGAGUUAUGACGCGGCUUUGGAAGAUUACGAGACUGUUCUCCGGCUGGACCCGGGGAACCUGGAAGCGCAGAAUGAAGUGAAGAAGAUAAAAGAGGUGAUCAGAUGUCAGACACCUGCUGACAUAGGUGAUGCUCAGCAGUCUCAAGAGAAUUCAACCGACGACCCCAAGCAGCAGCGACUGGUGGAGGAGCAGCAGAGACGUCAGGAAGCAGUUGUGCAGAAAGACAGAGGAAAUGCUUAUUUCAAGGAAGGAAAGUACGAGGCAGCAGUGGAGUGUUACAGUCGAGGGAUGGAAGUGGACCAGUUGAACCAGCUGCUGCCGGCCAACAGAGCCAUGGCCUUUCUGAAGCUGGAGAGGUUCAAAGAGGCGGAGGACGACUGCACCCGCGCUAUCGCUCUAGACUCCACCUACUCCAAAGCAUUCGCCCGCCGGGCAACAGCCCGCGUGGCAUUAGGGAAGCUGGAUGAGGCGAGAGCAGACUUCCAGCAGCUGUUGAAGUUGGAGCCAGGAAACAAACAAGCACUGAACGAACUCCAGAAACUGCAGAUUGACACCAGCGGACUCCUUCAAGCUCCAGGCGGCUCGGAGAGGAGAACAGUGCAGCCUGUCGACAAGCCAGAACACCUGAGGUCAACGAAACCGCUGAGGAGGCUGGACAUCGAGGAGGUCAACUAUCAGCCCACCAAGUCUGUGGUCCAGGAAGUGGUGAAGACAGUGGAGGGCGAGUCCUCACCACUAGCUGUGUCGCCCAGUGCCAAGAUGAUCAAGAUAGAAGAGACGAGCCCCUCGCAGCUGUCUGAGCGGCUUCCUCCUGAAGUCCAGGAGACACAGAACCAACCCGCCGGACCUUCACCUUCGUCCGUAGCUGCUCCACCUCCCGCACCCAGCAAUCGCUUCCAGCUGGAGGCCGACCUGCGCUCCAUCGGUCACUCGCCCGAGUUAGUCUACGCCUACCUGCGGCAAAUGAAACCGGAGGAUUUCACCAACAUCUUCCAGAAUUCUCUGGAACCAAAUAUUCUCAACCAGAUCUUGCACACGCUUCACGAUUUCUACUUACAGAACGAACCAGCAAGCAUCACCCUGGAGAUUCUUCAGAGCCUGUCUGCUGUCCAGCGCUUCGACAUGGCUGUUAUGUUCAUGUCGUCGUCAGAAAAGAAAGUUCUCAGAGAAAUAUUUGACUUCUUACUCAGCACCAGUUUGGAAACAUCAUCUGUCACAGGGUUGCAGAAGAAGUACGGCGUCUAAAUCUGUGGAUUUAAACCCAGAACCUCCACCCACAUAUAACCACAUAACAUUUUAAAGACUUCAUAUAAAGAGGCCAAGGAUAAGUGAGGAAAAACUCUUCUAAGCAAAAGUGCUUAUUCAUGAGAUGUUUGACCCCUGAACUAAAUUCUGAUUUUGGACACCUGUUUGGCUUAAAAUUUUCUAACCAGGUCUUCAGACGAACUGAUGCCACUGAUGUGUUGUCAAAUAAAUGAUGAAUACUG